AUGAAAUAAGUGUCUUCUACUACUGACUACUCAAUUUUACGACAAAUUUAAAUUCACCAUUCACAUACCUAACCUAAAGAGUCCGACAUCACUUUAGGACGAACUACCAGUUAUGAGUCAAGUUAGUUCUGCAGGAAUUUUAACAUUAUGGCUUUUAGGAGAGCUUCCACAAAAGAAGAUAUUAACAGUGCUAUGCAAGGAAAGAACUAAGCAUAUGCUUAAGAAACCAUUGCAAUCAGCAAUCUAAACUUCAUCAAGUAAUCUUAAUUCCAUUUACAUUUAAGUCCAUCCUCUUAAAUUGAGAUGAAUCAAUUAUAGACCAAAGUGUGGAAAUCUUUAUAGAAAUAGAUGCUGUAAAAAGUAUAUUCGAUAGACAUAAUUGUAUUAUUGCAAAACUAAAAUGAAUACGAAUUUAAAUUUGACAUAAGUAAACUUUCAUGUUUUCUGAUGGUCAAAGAGCUAUCAAACCUAAUUUCACAAGCGUAUUGGGAUAGAAUUAAUAAAACUAAUUAAAAAAGGAAGUUUCUACAUCCUUAUUUAUCUAUCUUAGUGGGCAGAGUGAAAACGUAGAAACUCGAUGGAAACAUGAGACUAUUUGAAUUAAUACACAUAUUGCUAAACGGGCAAAAGACACUUAUUUUAUAAGAAUCACCUUAGCCACUUUGA